AUGCCGACCGAAACAUCAGGUCCUAAUCUUGAAAUGUUAUCCACGGUUUCAGAAAGGCUUUCAGGAGGUGAAGCCCAACUCGUCAGAGCUCAGUUAUCUCCUCUACUAUGCCAGCACGCGACGAAGAAUGUCCAAGUCACCCUCCAGAUUCUCGCAGCGCUUAUUGAGAAGGUUCCACGAGAUCUACCCCUAUACGCGCUCUCUGUUUUGACAAUAAUUGAUACUGUUCUCGGCUCAAAUGACCUACCGAUGGUAGAAGAGACCAUAGAGACUUACGAUAUCUUUUGCCGUCAUCAGGAUAUGACUGUCCUUGGUGCGGAUCAGGAAUACGUGAACCUAUAUAGAAAUAUUGUCAGGAGCUAUGCGCAGCUGGCUUCAGUCGACCAUGUAACUCCAGCGAAGGCGGCGCUCUCACUCCCCCUACGUAUGAGAUGGCGAAAUGCUGGUUUGCGGGCUAUCAAAAGUAUUGUCAGCUCUGAAGCUCUGUCGUUGGAUGGGACAAAGCAAUUGGAAAUUCUGAUGCCGGUGAUUCUGAGUAAUCUUUAUUCUACCGAGAACCUGCUUCCGUUGCAGGCAAAGGUUUUGUCUUCAGAAAAGCAGGAACGGGAGCAUGCGCGACGACGAAGAACGAGCAUCACGACAGUCCGGACCGUCGACACAACGGAUGCGGACCCCACUACCGCUGCAGCGUCUACAGCAGAUGCAGACAAUUUGGCAGAAAUUGAAGUCCGCGUUUUGGCACUGCGCUGCUUGGAGAAGAUUUUCGCUGCUGGUAGUAAUCGGGGCCAAAUUCGCCAUGCAAUUUCCCUGAUCCUGCAGUUUAUUGUGAGCAAGAGGCCUCCGCGCCACUGCUCUCUGCAGCAUCAUCCCGAUUCUGUUGGUGCUGGUGGCAGCUGGGCCACAAAUUUGAUGGAAGUAAUCGCAAAGUGGUCACCAGUACAGGACCGCUUCAUCAUUCUCAUUACAACCUUGGAACAGCUUGUCAAUACCCCCAUGGUUGACGAUAAACUCGAGUCGCAGUUGAUCCUAGCAUCGAUGAUGGACUGGUUACUUAGCUCUCCGAACAAUCUCAUUGGACUGAGCGUAAUUGACGUCCUUAUUAGUUUACUUCAACGCCUGCUUCUUCUCUUGCAGCUAGGGGGCCGAUCUACGAAAAUGGUACACCACGGCGCACCUUCUAGGAAUGUCGAUAGCCUUCCAGAACUCGGAGAGGCUAGCGAAAAGCCGAUCGUGGAUCCUAACGGUAAUGAUGUGCAACUAGCAGAGAGCACAGGUACUGCCAUCCCUUGGGACGCGCGCCAGGAGUUGGUGGAACUCCUGCAAAAGUGUAUCGGAUCUUUGGCUACACACAUUUAUUACACUGAUCAGGUUUCUGACAUGAUUCGUACUAUUAUUUCGCGACUAAAGCCGUCUCCAACAUCGGAACUUUCGAACCAUGAGGCUGAAGGCGAUCAAACUAAUGCCAUUGACAGCUCGGACGAUGUAACGGGGAACACCUUUUCCUUCCCGGCUGCUAGAAUUGUAGCUUUAAAAUGCAUCAAAAAUAUACUGAUGGCCAAUCUACGCAAGUCCAUGACUGCGGCAGGAGCGGAUUCGCGAAGCAGAGUCAACAUUUGGGUAUGGGAAGGUACCCAAUGGCUUCUGCGAGACCCAGAUCGUGAGGUUUCACACACUUACGUUGAUGCAUUUCUUUCUUGGUUGCAACUAGAAACUACAAAAGAUGACCUGAGGGCGACAUUUGAAACCAAACGUGAGCCCAAAAUCGGUGCUAGGCGUGAGGUUUCUGAUCCAUCAGACAAAUUGACCAGGAAAAUCAUCUCCACAGUAUCUCAGCGGGAUAAGGAUGCCGCCAUAGCUACGUCCAACUUUCUUCAACUCCUCCACCUGACAGUUUACGAUAUUGCAACAGAAUAUGCUGCAGUGGACUCCGAUAUUAUGCUUUUGCACCUGUUACUGGCUAAUCUGGUGGAGAAAAUGGGGGUCAAUGCAGCCAAAUAUGGACUUCCUAUGAUACUGAGGCUGCAAGCUGACUUUUUAUCCAACGAUGAGUCAAUUUCUGCCGCUGCUAAAAUCAACGUUUUAAGUUUGGUUCACGGGUAUCUCUGGGCAUUAGUUGAAAAAUUCGCUCUCGAAACUACAAAAGUUGGUGAUAAUAUCCUUAGAGAAAUUUCCAGACGGAAGCAGAGAGGUUGUUGGCUUGAAAAUAUCCAACUCCCGCCACGACAAUUAAAUCACAUUAUACCCUCUAACGGACCCAGCCCCAACCAUAAUGUACAAUUACAAUCCGACAGGAGCAUGUACUACCCGUUCACUGGCCUGUCUCAGCUUGUUGAUCAAAUUGAAAAUAACUACAAUACCGUUGUUAAAUCGCCAACAAUCAGCCCUGCCAGUUCUCCUGGCCGUGCGUUUUCGACGCCCAUUCUUGGGCAGGGAAGCGCUGCGCCAGGGAGAGUUCCGCCGGAAGAACGACUUCCAACGAUUGUGAAGGAACGCAUGCUAACGCCAUGGUCGAAGGAGGAAUGCCUGGCCGCCAUAGCCACCGAAAAAGCGCAGUCGUCAUCGAUUAGUGGUUCGAGAACCGGUACUUCGGCGACACGCAAUUAUUUUGCAACAAAUGGACAUAAGAAUGGGAAUGCGUCUCCCCCGAAAGAGGACAAUAUCUCAGCUAACCCACCCCAACGAAUUCCCGAUGCACGACUUUCCGGCCCUCCUGGAAUCACAGGCCGUUCGAAUAGUCUGCAAAAGCUUCGGCGCCAGAGUGUUCCGGCAGGCUCACACACAUCCGUUGCGAGUUCAAGUCGGGAUUCUACGGUAAGAGUCAACGAGCUUCGUCGGGUUUUGUCUGUUGUAAACGGCAGCAAUGUCUGCCACUCGAGUCCUCUUCGCGGUCGCGAGGACUUAUCUCAGGGGGUUGAAAGUGGUGCAUCCAGCGCAGAAAGCAUUCUUAGCGAUACAUUUUCUGCCUCCGAUAUAGGAACUACAUCUCCCGGUGCUGCGACGCUAUCUAAUAGGCCACCGCGAGAGGGUUCGGAAACCCCAAAGGCGUCCGUGUCUAACCACACCAACGCCUUAAAUAGCGAAGAGAAGAAUGGCCUUGAACUGUUAAUGCGGGAGAGUUCCAAUGACAUUCCACCAGUACCUCCCUUGCCUGCAGCCCUCACAAUACCAGGCGGAUUCCCAAAUGAUUCCCCUCAUAUAUCGCCGUCAUACCCACCAACUAGUUUUGAUCGUCCUUCAACAGCCCCGUCUCAGUCCCGCGCCAGACCAGUUACAAAAGAUCAACAUACUGUGAGCACAACGCCGCGGCAGAGCAGAUCGUUGACUAGACAGAAGUCGCGAACAUCAAAACAAUUGAACACUCCCAGCGUUCCCAAUCUUUCUCGAGCGUCAUCUUCCCGUGGUCCCCGUUCUAUUAGCCUGGGUCGCCGCGUUGAUGUUGAAAAAUUGCUUGAAGGUCUAAUAGCCGGCCCGGAAAGCGAGGAGGUGAAUGGUGGCGGGGGCAACGUUGUUGAGGGUUUGCCAUCUCAAUCCCAUCCACCAUACUCCUCUCAUUCUAACCGAUCCAACGAACCCUCCAUAUUCUCUCAAAUGACACUGGCUACUACCCUGGCAAAAAGAAUCGGGAUAUGUCUGGAGUUCGCAGUCUAG